GGAAAAGUUGGGCUCUUUUUCGUCCUUUUGCCACGUGCAAGAACGAUACACACGAUGAUGCAAGUAUUUGGCAAGCGAGCAACUCGCAUUUUACUCCUCUGGUUUUUGAUUCUGUGUGAGAUUCUCUCUGGCUCUUUUCCUUUCCUAUAUCAACCAUCCGUUUAUUUCUGGAUCUCUCCUUCAGUACCCGUCUCAAGAACAAUAUCACAUUUCAGAAAAAAAAAAAAAGAAAGAAGAAGAAAGGAAUCAUUCUGGUUUUGCACUAGAAAUCGCAAGAUGACAGUUUCUUCUGCCGAUAAUUCUGUUGAUAGUAAAAGUGAUCUUUCUGAACUUGCUCCAUUAGAAGCGGUAUUAUUUGAUGUUGAUGGAACUCUAUGUGAUACAGACCCCCUUCACCAUUAUGCGUUUCGUGAGAUGCUUCAAGAGAUAAAUUUCAACGGUGGAGUCCCGAUAACAGAGGAAUUCUUUAUCCAAAAUAUAGCUGGCAAGCAUAACGAGGACAUUGCUAGGGUCCUCUUUCCCGAUGAUAUUCCUCGAGGCUUAAAAUUCACGGAUGACAAGGAAGCCAUGUUUCGGAAGUUGGCCUCUGAACAACUGAAAGCCAUAAACGGACUAUAUAAAUUGAAAAAGUGGAUUGAAGAUCGUGGAUUGAAACGGGCUGCAGUUACUAAUGCUCCAAGGGCUAAUGCUGAACUCAUGAUUUCACUUCUUGGGCUAUCUGAGUUCUUUGAUGCUGUAAUCUUAGGAGAUGACUGUGAACACGCCAAGCCACAUCCAGAACCCUACUUGAAGGCCCUUGAAGUACUCAAGGUCUCGAAGGAUCACACCUUUAUAUGCGAGGAUUCUGUUUCUGGGAUAAAAGCUGGCGUAGCUGCCGGGAUGCCUGUUGUUGGUUUAACUACUAGAAACCCAGAACAUUUACUGAUGGAAGCUAAGCCAGCAUUUCUAAUAAAGGAUUACGAGGAUCCGAAAUUAUGGGCAGCUCUGGAAGAGCUUGAUAAAAAGAAAAGUGCAGAAAAUCCUACUGCUUGAAUAAAUUCAUUCACAACUUAAGCAAUCUCAAUAAUUCUGUUGCAGAAGAGCAUCUGCUUCUCUUUAAGGCUACUGGUGUUCCAGACUAGAGUUGGUAUCAUAUGAAUUGACAGGUCAAGGAUGUUAUCAAGCCUGUUUUGGCCUUUGAUGCGUGACUUUAGAUUUUAUUGAAACUUGAAUAUGUAUUAGUGAAAUAUUUUUGCUAAGUACUUCAAAAUUAGGGGUGUAGUCCUUUUAUAUAGGAUAAUCACAUGUUCCCACUGGAUGGUCGUUAAAUUGCUGUGAAUUCUGAUAUCUUUGCAAAAGCAUACCUCAAUUUGAGCUUCUGAGAGAAAAUGGAGCUAGUUAUUGUUA